AUGGUUCGCAACAUCGUCGUCCUGGGUGGGAGCUCUCACCCGCAGCUCACCGAGACCAUCUGCAACCACCUCGGCAUACCACCUGCCAAGGUGCUGCUUGACAAGUUCAAGGGCGGUGAGACGCGUGUAGAGAUCGAAGAGAGCGUCCGUGGAAAGGAUGUCUUCAUCAUCCAGUCUGGUGGAGGCAAAGUCAACGAUCACUUGAUGGAGUACGCCCAUCCUCACGAUGGAGUUCGCAUCACCGCCGUUCUCCCUCUCUUUCCCUACUCCCGCCAGUCUGAUAUCCCGUACAACAAGACUGGUGCGCCUCUCUCCAAAGUCCCAGGCUCGCGGUCCAGAACUGGCACAUACACCUUCGACUCUCGGCCGCAGACCCCACAUCCCGGACAGCCUGAGAGCGCGGGUAUGACCAAUGGCGCUACUGCUCUCCACCACCAGCUCAGUAAGAUGAAGAUGGACGAGCGCGCCGGAGGUGGUCCUACUUCCAAUCCUGUCAGCCCCGUCAAAACCAACGGCAUCAAGCGCAGCGACACCGGCGACUCCAAGUCAGACAAGAACGGCUAUUUUGAGAAAGAUCACGGUGCGAACGGCAGCCCCGUCAUUAACGGUCUCUCGCGACAGUCCACGACCAAGCCACCUGCUUUCGAACCCCAGGUCGGGUAUCGCCAGUGGGUUGCUCAGGCUGGUACACUCAUUGCCGACCUUCUGACCUGCGCCGGCGCGGAUCACGUCAUUACUAUGGAUCUUCAUGAUCCCCAGUAUCAGGGCUUCUUCGAUAUCCCCGUGGACAACCUCUACGGGCGCCAUCUGCUCCGCAAAUACAUCCAGUUUAAUGUUCCCAACUACCUGGAUGCCGUCGUGGUCAGUCCCGACGCUGGGGGUGCCAAACGUGCGACCGCUAUUGCAGAUGCGCUCGGCAUGCCCUUCGCGCUCAUCCACAAGGAACGCCGCCCCACGCAGAUCAACGACCGGCAAAAUGCUACCAUGAUGUUGGUCGGAGACGUCGCAAACCGCACCACCAUUCUCGUUGACGAUCUCGCCGACACAUCGAACACGAUCACCCGUGCCGCGAAGCUGCUGAAGAAGGAAGGUGCGACGGAGGUCUAUGCGCUCAUCACGCACGGCAUUCUGAGCGGUGACGCGAUCGAUCGCAUCAACGCUAGCGCCCUCGACAAAGUGGUUGUGACCAACACAGUCGACCAGGCUGAUCACAAGGCACGAUGCCCCAAGUUGGAAGUGCUGGAGGUGGGCAAUGUGUUCGCUGAGGCAAUUCGACGUGUCCACCACGGCGAGAGCAUCAGCGUGCUGUUUGACUACAGCUAG